AUCAACAAAAGCUAAAUAUAGCUUCUUUCUCAUUUUCCUCCACAGUCCAAACUACCUAUCUCUCUCUAUCAUCAUCAUCAUCAUCAUCAUCUUCUUGAACUUCACCUCCCACCUUCUUCUUCAACAAUGGGAGAAAAAAAAGAAAAAGAAAAAUCGAAAAAACAAAAAUACAAACACCCAAAUAAUGACUCAAAAACCCCUUCAGAUUUCACAUUUAAACCCAUCACAGACGUUAAAGGUCUCCGUUUUGGUGGUCAAUUCAUCGUUAAAUCCUUCACAAUUCGUCGUGCAAAACCCUUAGAACUUAACCGUAUCCUUUCACUUCCGUUACCAUCAAUUAUAAACACAGUUAAAACCCCCAAUUUCAGUUCAACAACAGCUUAUUUACCAACAAAUUUUACUAUCUUAGCACAUCAUGCUUGGCAUACCUUAACAUUAGGUCUUGGUACUAAAAAAUCAAAGGUUGUUUUAUUUGUGUUUGAAUCGGAGCAAAUGAAGAAUUCGGUUGACCCGAUUUGGCCCGUUGAGAUACCAUUAGGUGAAGUGAAUAAAAAAAUGAUACGUGGAUUAAAAGGUACUGAAAUGGCUAGAUUUAAAUUUCGUAAAGGGUGUAUUACUUUUUAUGUUUAUGCUGUUAGAAGAAUUGGGGAUUUAGGGUUUGGUUGUGCUGAAGAUCUGAAAUUGAUUUUACAAUCAGUUGUUGCACUUAAGGAUUUUAUUGAUCAUACUGCUAUGUUAGCGUUGCCAAAUCAGAGAAGUAUCAAUUAUGAAGCAGAUAUUCAACAUAUGGGAAUGGCUCAUUAAUUUUUAUUAUUUUUUUUGGAUUAUAUACAUCGGCAGUGUAAAAGAUUAUUUUUUUUAGGUAAGUUUGUCUAUUGUAAUUUGGUCAUUUUAUCAUAUUUUAAGGUUACGAGUCUGAGUUUACUGUGAAACAAUUUGCUUGUGGUUGGAUUUUUAGUUUGGGAUUUUUUGUUUUUGAGAAAAUUUCAUAAGUAGCUAUAGUUUAGAGUGUAAUUACGAAAUGUAGCAAUAGUUUGCGUAUUUGCGAAAUGUAGCUACAAUUGUUGUAUCAGAUAGGUAUCAAUUGUUUCGGGUGGGUAUCGGCUUAAUUGUAUCAGGCAGUUAUCUGUUGUAUCAGGCGGGUAUCAGCUUAUCCGUUGUAUUAGGUGCGUAUCAGUUGAAAAUCGAGCAAAAGAGAUAUAUUUGACCA